CCCGCAAGGCCCCCGGAGCCGGGCGGUUGCCAUGGAGACGGGGCCGCGGGGCCCGAUCGGAGUGGAGGAGGGAUGGAGGAUUGUGAAUUCUGCGAAUUCUUCUGUUAGCUUCUGUUUUGAGGAAGGAAUAAAGCAAAGUUCGCUCAGCAAGAACACAGAGACUAAAGACAUGGAAAAAUUCACUCGGCUGGAAGCUCUGCUGUUUACUGCUGUGCUGGAGAAUUGCGUUGAUCAGCUCUCAAUCCUUGGAUGUAUCAUGCCGGUUCCAUAUGAGGGCAAGACAGACAUCAGCUGCAUUGAGAGCCAGGAAAUGAAAGAAAUUGGAGACAACAAGAAGGAGCUGGACAUUGACCAUCAAGAGCUUACAUCUGCAAGGCAAGGGGGUGGGGAAACGGUUACCUCCAAGCCUCUGAAAAGCACUGAGCACAAGCAGCAGCUGGGGAAUUCUGUGGAUCUGAAAAGAGCCCAUCAUAUUUCCAACAAGGCCAUGAAACACAGUGCUCUGCCUGCAGAUACUCUCAGAAAAAUUCAGGCUGACAGGCAGUAUGCAAGCGAUGUAAUUACUGCAACUAUGAAAGAGAUGCAGGAAUCAGGAACAUUUAACAGCCUAAUAGAAGCUAAUGGGAGAGAGAAUGCAAAGAAGAACAAGUUUCAUGACACCCUCAUCAGGGAGGAGGAAGGAAAGAAGGAGAUAAAGUCACUCCAGAAACAGCUGCAAGAUGUCAAGAAAGAAACUGAAACAGAACUUCAGAACCGAGAUAAUACAAUUCUCUACCUCAAAGAGGAGUUGCAAGAGUUGAAAGCCAAAACAGACAUGGAGAAAUGCUACGUAAAAAAACACACAGACCUCCAGGUCCACCAAACCCAGAAGAAGUGCUGCAAUGCAGAAAAUGGACUGAACAAGGAAAUCGAGGACUUGAAGAAGGAAACUGAUGAGGAGAUUCGAGUCCACGUGGAGACUGAAAAUUUCCUCAGGCAAUACUAUAAGAAGGUGGAAGAGAAGCUGGAAUACUGGGUGGACAAGUAUGAAAAUGACACAGAUGCUAAAGACGCAGAACUUGAAGCCCUAAAAGAAUCAAAGGCAAACAACCUGGAAAUGCUGCAGAGGUUUGCCAGUGAGUGCCAGAUGUUUGAGGAAACCAUCAUCGCUGAUCGGGCAGAAAAGGAGGCUAAAAGAAGAAAACUAGAGCGGGAUGCCCUGGAACUGAAGAGCAUCCUGAAGCUGCAGGCCUGGUGGAGAGGUACAAUGGUCCGCAGAUACCUUGGCCCCUACCAGAACCUCAAGAAGAAUCGAGAGAAGCAGCUGUCAAAGCAGACAAACAAAAAGGAAAAACCUGGAGCAAAGAAAAAGAAAUGAUAAGUAAGAAACCCGGCCACAGACGCGCUCCGGGGCUGCUGCUGGGCAGGGCACUGCUCUCUGCGUGUCCAUCAGGACAAAAUAAACCACGUCAUAGAUCUUGGGCUAUUCUGGAGAACGUGGUUUGUGAAGGUGAAGCUCCAGUGACCUGAAACUGUCUUUGUACAGCAGAAAUGCUGCUUCCCCAGUAGUAGCUUUAUGGAAACAUUAAAGCUAGCGGGAUGUAACCCUAUGAACAGCUCCAGAACUCACCAGAUGAGGUGCUCUGCACAGAGAGGCUCCUUUGCAGUCCCCCACAGCACUGGCCAUGGAAGGGGUGGUGUUUGCUGUGGCUCUGAGCGAGGCAGGGAAGGCAUCACCCACAUCUGGGCUCAAGCAGCGCUCUCCCCGGUGUCAGUGCCAGCAUUAGGUCGGCCAGGGGAAAACUGCUGACACUUUGCAGUGUAAACACGAGGGCAGGCGAAGCAUGCAGGUUUCCAUUCCCACAGCCCUGCAAAGUGUCAGCUCCGAGACAGAAAAGCUCUCAGUGCCCUCCUACAGAGGGAAGCAACAAUGGAAAAAGACAGCUGGCCGCACGGCCCAGAGGAGCUGCUCUGUCACAGCCGUACCCACCACGACUGCGACCUCCGUGCAGGGAUGUCAGGCAGGGAACAAAGCUGGUGGGGAGCAAAGUUCUGGGUUUGUUUUUUUUUUUUGUCCCUUUCUCCUGACACCACUGUCACUCACCCAUGGCUGAGCCGGCUGCUUUCUGACACUCCUGCACAGGGAAGAGAGCUCAAACCAUACAAACUCAUCCCCAUCUGUGCUUUUUGUGACCAGGCUGUGCUGGCCCCAUCCAAACAUCCUUGUGUCCAGGUUGAACCGUGCCAAAAGCUCUAAAGUUCAAGCAGGAUUACUGAAAUCACGAGCAAAGAGCCUUUGGCUCAGAACCCUGUCUGAAGGGAAGGGAAGGAAAGGGGCUGGUGCCUGACUAUCAGGCUGAGCUGGUUAUCAAGGGAGUGCUGAAACUGCAGACACUACACAAACUCCAGUUAGAAAUAUUGGCAUUGCUGCUGGGGGCACUGCUGCUUAAACCACCAUGUGUUCCCAUUCCAACAUGUACCAAAUCCAUGAAAAUGCUCACUUGCUUUCCAUGGUCCCCACGGGGAGGCAACAACAGGGGUUACUGCCAGUCCCGUGCUGGCAGGAGCGAGCUAAGCCUGGGCUGACAUCACCCAUCUGCACCACGGCUCCUUGCAGAGGGCACUGCAGAGCCAUCGGAUGUUCCUAAUUCUCAAUCUCCUUCCUCAUGCUUAUGCCUUUGCUUGCUUUUCAGCACAGAACAAAAUAUAACUGAAUUUGUGUAAGUCCUCCUCAGCCUCCGCAGCAAGCCCCAGUUCCUGAUGGCAGGGUAACACAGCACUUGCACUCAGGGUACAUCAGGUGCCCCAGAGCUGCAGUGAACAAGCCCGUAGCAAGUUACACGCUGCACUGGAUCAUGAAAUAAUUCAAAAUUUCAGUUUCAGUACCUAGUGUCUUGAAGAGAAACGAAGCAACACCCCCAAACCACAAAUUGCUUGGGCACAGCAAAGCACGCUUCCAAACUUAGCCAGCUGUGAACCCUCAUGUAAUGGGAAGGGCUACUCUUUCAAAAAUAAUUUAGCAAAUAUCUUUAUCAAAGAAACAGUGGGACUGGCUUUGCUGUUCUGAUAAGGACGGGGGUACCAAAAUCCCCGGAGUCCCAAGGCGAGCAUCCUGGCUGCUGGGUGACGCUGCCCUGAGGUGGGCAGAGGCUUUUACCCUGACCUAACCCAUGUGAGCUUACCCCUUCCAGGUGAGAGCAGCCCCCUCCUGCCUGCAGACUCCGCUCAUGCUGCCAUCCAUCUGGCUCCUCCGGGCCUUCUCCGCUGCAUCGGCUGCUCUCAGAGCCACUGCUCUCUGUAUGAGCCUCUCCUUGCUGGGUCAGAAAUCAGAGCUGGUCCCUGCUGCUUGGCUGUCCAGCUGCUGAAUAAAGCUGAGCAUCCCCAGUGACUGGAGCUGGGAGCACCAUCACACAGCCUGGCACCGCUCAAUUUUUCCAGCUGUGGAGAGACAGGAUCACAGCACACAGCCGAGGUGUUUUCUGCAGGAAAUCCCAGCGAUCAGGAGCCCUUUGGACAGACUGGUUUCCAAGGAGGUGAGUGGAGGAGAAAGAAAGGCAGGAGACAGAAGCUAGGGGAGAAAUGAAACCUGGAGAGAGCUGGGCACCCCUGAAGAAGGCAGGAUGGGAGCUGAAGAAAAGAGGAGCGAAUAUUUUGGCUAACAGGAACAAACCUUGCAGAUACAGGGGAGGGGACAGGCAUGAAGCACAGUGACAAAUUUUACAGACUGAACCAAGACAGGAUAAAAUCAAGCAGAAGAUGAGAACUGCAGCAAACCGCCCAGGCCCUGAAGGUACAUUUUACUGCUCGCUUUGAGAAGGUUUAAAAAAAACAAAAAACCAACUUGAUGAUGUGGAGGGUGAAUACACACACCUGGCACACAGGAUGUGACAUUCAUUCAUACCACAGAACAUGAGGAAAACAUACUGCAGUUCAUGUAAGUCUUAAAACUUUAUUUCAAAUUACCCAUGGUUUCCUUUUAUAUUAUUAAUGUGCUAGAAGUUCACACUACUGGCAGAAUACAGGCAAUUUAAAAUAAAGUGUACAAUAUUCAAACAUAUUUAUACUUAACAGACUUAGAAAUUAUGGAAUGUAUUUACAGACAUACAGCAUGGGAUGAAGCUUUAAAAUCCUUUACUCUAUUAAUUACACGUUUACACUGUUUUCAGAAAUAACAAAAUUAGAUUGCUUUGUAAAACAUCACAAUAUUUAUACAAAAGAAUUUUUUAAUGUCCAAAUUCACCGUAAAAGUCCUGUUUCUAAAACAUUUUUUCAAAAGGACCACUUACAAAAGGAUAAAAAUACCAUUUGCUGUUGUGUCACUACCAAGCACAACAGAGGAGUUCUUGGUGCUGUAAAAAACCUGUCUCUGAUCUAUUUUAAGCAGGCCACCGAAGCUCCCCCCCUUCACAAGGGGGAAGAAUCAAAUCCCAGUCGCUUUGACCUGAUCGUUUCAAUGCCAUCAGGGACUCCUGAGUGCCAGUGCCACUUGAUUUCAAGCCUGUGAGGCUGCUGAGCCUCAAACACUGCUCAGUGCUCGGCAUCGUUUUGAGGGAGGGUGGUGGAACAAUGGGGUCAGUAUACGGACACCGGCAAGCACGAAACACUCAGCUGGAUUCCUCCCACAUCCUCCAACACAAAUGCCCCAGAAAGGAAAAAACAAUCGCCUCUUUAACACAAAAUAGAAUUUUAUACACAGUUUCUUUAAAAUAUUCUUUUCACUGGACAC